AUGUCCUCCAACACAGGCAUCUCCNCCCACGCAACCGCCUUUGUGCACUCCUACGCCACAGCAACCGCAACCGGCGCUAGCUCCUCGCCCUCCGCCCUCCAAGCCUGCUCCUCCNAAAUGAGCUCCCACUACUUUCCAAACCUGAUUUCGUUUACCUUGGGCACCAAUACCACGGUCGCCACCCAAGCAGAAGCGGCCAAAGGCACACUCACCCACCUCCAAAAACUCGUCUCUGCUGGUGUGGGCGCAGAUAUCCGCCUCAUCCGUGUAUCCGUCAAGGAAAUUUCUUCGUGCUCGGCGGCAGUGUUUGUGACGUGGGAAUUGGUGGUUGGUGGGUUGAGUAUUGCGGAGGCUGAGAAAAAGGGUAAUGGGGUAAAGGCAAAGGGAUGGAGAUGGAGGAAUUGUUAUGGGUAUAGGAGGAUGACGUGGGAGGUUGAUGGCGAGGAAGUGGUGGACAAGGAAGGGUUUGAGUAUAUUGUUAGUGAUGAGGAGGUCGGGGAGUUGGUCAAGAGGGUGCCCAAGUAUUUCGAGCCCUGA